AUGAAGCCGACAGUUGAAUCGCACAUUAAGCGAGCGCUAACAGAGGAAGAGGUGGCAUUGGUAGUUGCCCUGCGACCGGAGGGUAUCAACUUUGCGUAUGUGGAUGAACAAAUGUUGCAGCUGGACAUUAAGGGCUCAGAAAGAGACGAUACGUUUAAGCCCUCGACAUCUUCCCGCUCGCAGGCACCCGCCCCUGAUGCAUCCGUGGGCGGAUGGGCAGGAAACGAGGGCCUAGAUGAUUACAGUCGCAAUAAAGCCGGCACACGCAACCGAGAGGUGCUGUUUUUUGAGUUCAUCGACGGAGACUUAAAACGCCAGGUGCAGGACAAGAAGACCGGCCAGCCAGUCCGACCAAACCGCAGACUUCGCGACGAGCAGCUAAGGAUGCCGAUAUAUGGACACAAACAAAUGACCCAGCUAAUCGAGAGGAGAAACCAGAAGUUCGCAAAUGCUAUAAACAUUUUUCUCAAUGAUUGUGUGCAAGAUGAACUGGACCCUGACGUCACUCUCAGGGAGCGGGCGCAGGCUUUCAUCCCGAAACCAUCUCCAAUAAACGAAAUCGCAACAGAGGUAGCACCAAGUACAAUACCGGAAACUAUUCCAAAGGACCGAAAAUCGAUACCGGAGAUUGUGCAAGAGCUGAAACAAAGCUCCUGGUAUACAGGGCAGAUCGUACCAGACGGGCAUAGGGUUUUCGGUUCCCAAGGGGCUAUUUACGGCGAUCUUGGUUUUCUGUUGAGUCAAAAUCUUGUCAACGCGUUGUAUAAUGCCAAAGGCAUCACGCGCUUCUAUGCUCACCAAGCGGAGGCUCUGAACCACCUCUACGAAGGCAAUAGUAUUGUUGUGGCAACAGCGACCAGCUCAGGCAAGUCCUUGAUAUACCAGCUUCCUGUUCUUCACGCGCUUGAAAAAGACUACAAUUCUAGGGCCAUGUACAUUUUCCCGACAAAGGCAUUAGCGCAGGAUCAGAAGCGGAGCCUGAAAGAAAUGAUGGUCUAUAUCCCUGGCCUUGAAGCCGCAGUCGUUGAAACCUUCGACGGUGAUACGCCAAUGAGCGCACGCAAUACAAUUCGUCAAGAAGCCAGGAUCAUAUUCACGAAUCCUGAUAUGCUGCAUGUCACAAUACUACCACAGGAAGAACGCUGGAGAACUUUCCUGACGCAUUUGAAAUACGUAGUAGUUGAUGAACUUCACUAUUAUAAUGGGCAGCUGGGUUCACAUGUCGCUUUCAUUAUGAGAAGACUACGACGCCUUUGCGCUGCAAUGGGAAACCGCCGAGUUCGCUUCAUUUCUUGUUCUGCAACUGUUGCCAACCCCAAGGAGCACUUCGAAACGAUAUUCGGGGUUGAAAAUGUUACGUUGAUUGACUACGACGGAUCACCUUCGGGGCGCAAGGAGUUUUUGUGCUGGAAUACACCAUACAAAGACCCCAGUGACCCUGCAAGCGGCCGUGGGAAUGCGAAGUUUGAAUGUGCCAGACUUUUCUGCGCUCUUAUGCUGAGAGGCGUUCGAAUUAUAGCUUUCUGUCGAGUUCGAGCCCAGUGCGAGGUCCUUGUUAAUGCAAUCAAGCAAGAGCUGGAGUCACUCGGUCGAUCAGAGUGUAUAAACCUGGUCAUGGGUUACCGAGGCGGCUAUACCGCCGCAGAUCGCCGUCGCAUCGAGUCUGAAAUGUUUGAGGGCAAAUUACUAGGAAUUGUAGCGACUACAGCACUGGAAUUGGGCAUUGACAUUGGUACUCUUGACGCUGUCAUGAGUUGGGGAUUUCCUUAUACAAUUGCAAAUUUGCGUCAGCAGAGUGGCCGGGCGGGACGGCGAAACAAAGAUUCCUUGUCUAUCCUUGUUGGUGACGGAUUUGCAACAGACCAACAUUAUAUGCAAAACCCAGACGACUUAUUUACUGAACCUAACUGCGGGCUUCAACUUGACCUUGGUAAUAUGCUAGUUCGGGAAGGGCAUAUCCAAUGCGCCGCGUACGAGUUACCUAUUAGACCUGAGCAAGAUGCUCUAUACUUCGGAGCCGAUAUAUUGGACGUUUGCAAAAGCCGUCUAAUACAGGAUGAGAUGGGCUACUAUCACUGUCAUGAUCGAUUUCGACCUCAGCCAUCUCGUUAUGUCGCCAUACGGGACACGGAAGAUGAGCAUUUUGCUGUCAUUGACAUCACAAAUGGUCGGAAUAUCGUACUAGAGGAGUUGGAAGCAUCAAGAGCUACAUUCACCAUAUACGACGGAGCCAUAUUCCUUCAUCAAGGAAAUACGUACUUGGUGCGAGACUUUCUCCCCGACAGAAAAAUGGCCAAGGUAGAAAAGGUGAAGGUGGAGUGGACAACUACUCAGCGAGACUUCACAGAUAUUGAUCCAACAGAGACAGAGGCUAUUCGCAGGAUCCCAUCCUCCCUAUCUCAAGCUUAUUAUGGGACAGUAAAGAUCCAGCAAACUGUGUUUGGUUUUUUCAAGGUAGACAAGAAGGGGCGAGUUCUGGAUGCCGUUCAAGUUGACAACCCGCCAGUUAUCCGGUACAGCAAGGGCGUGUGGCUGGAUGUUCCAAAAACAGCGCUGGACAUUCUCCAAGAUCGACGUCUGAAUUCGGCGGCAGCUAUCCAUGCCGCAGAGCAUGCAGUCAUGAGUUUACUUCCUACAUUUGUCAUCAGCAUGCCAGAAGACGUAAGGACUGAGUGUAAAGUGGCGCUGAAGGAAUUCGCCAAGAAGGAGACGCAAAGAAAGCGGCCUGCAAGACUCACGUUUUAUGAUGCAAAGGGUGGUGCUAGCGGAUCGGGUAUUAGCACGAAGGCGUUUGAUCACAUAGACCACUUACUGAACAUGGCCUUGAGGCGUGUUGAAGCGUGCCAAUGCCAGCGUGGUUGCUUUGAAUGCGUGGCAUCGGCCAUGUGCAAAGAAUCAAGCGAAGUAAUGAGCAAGGCUGGGUGCCGCGUUGUGAUCAGGAGUCUACUGAAUUUGAAAAUUGACAUUGACGAGCUUCCGAUGGGACCGGAGGAAUUUAGUCCGGUUGGCUUCGAGACCGUGAUACCAGCUCAGCCUGUACCUUCUAGGGGCCAAGCGAGAAAGCGUGAGGCAGGAUAG